AUGUACUCCUUUGCUCUUCUUCUUCUUGCGGCGGUUGCGGUGGCGACGCCGUGCACACCGGCGCAAAAGCAGCAGAUGCUCUCGACGAUCACGACCGAUGCGCAGUGGCCGACGUGCCAGAAGGCGACGGCGCCGUACGACUUUUACAAGUCGCUCACGCAGGUCAACCCGGCGCCGACGUCGGCGCAGGUGCAGCUCUUUGCGACGACACCGGCGUGCGCGACGGUCUACAACGGCUUUCAGGCGGCGCUCAAGGCGGCCAACUGCGACGAGGUGCAAAACUUGACGGGGCUCGCCGUCGCGCCCUUUGUGCAACUGACGUCGCCGCCGACGAAUGCGACGGCGCCAACGUUGACACCGAUGACGUUGGCCACGACGACGACGACGACACCGACGCCGACAUCGGCUGCGCCGGUGCGUGGUAUGAUGGUGACGGGGGCGAUCACCGCGCUCGCGCUUUCCUUCUAAGGCGUUCAAGGGACCAGGUGCACACGGAGUGCUUGUCAGUAACACGAAAUAUCUCUUUUUAACAGCCUAACAAAAUCAACAAUUUGUACGUG